GCCGUCGAUCGGCUUGCGCGCGGGUCAUUCCCCGCCGGCGGCGGCGUCGGAGUAUGUCGGAGUGUUUAUUGUCGGGUGGGACUGUCGGAGUCUGCUGUUGUGUACUGACGCGUGCGGCGAUAGCGGAUACAAGCCGAGCCAAAUGGGAAGCUGAUUCUGCAGUUUCGCAUGGGACCCUCUGACCGGUGUGACGUCUUCUGGUUUCUGAUGUAGCCGAAUAAACCCAUAGCGUCAUCCUUCGAAAGGACAGAUGCAUAUGCAGGAGCAAGAUGACCGGUAGCAGUGAAGACCCCAUGGGUCGGCUGUGACGAUGGUGUGGAGUGUGCUGCUCCUAGGCGUGCUUGUGGGCCAGGCCUGGGCGGCGCACUACGUUUCAGCUGAUGACUGUGACUGGCGCACAGGGCAGCCCUCCUCCGAGGUGGCCCUGCGGUGUCGCCUGCAAGCCCUUCGCACUGGCCCUGACAGCACAAACUUCAGCCUCAUCCAGCCAGACCACACAACUAGCCUCACAGUGUUGUGCAGUGCCCUCUUCACUGAGAGCCACCUGGGCAAUGCGACAUUCAGCAGCCUGCGUUCUUUGCGUGCUCUACACCUGGAGCAGUGCAAGAUAUCCGAGGUGCCCGAGAGAGCGUUUGCAGCGCUGACUGAGUUGCGAAACUUGACUGUGCGAACUUACAAUGGGGACUGGGGGGCGCUGUCCUUGGCGCUGGCGCCACAGGCCUUGGAGGGGCUUAGCCUGCUGCAGCGGCUGGACCUCGGUCACAACAACAUGGUGGCCUUGCCACCAACAGGACUGUGCAUUCUGCGGCAGCUACGCUCGCUGAACCUGACGCACAAUGCUCUCGAAACAGUGGCUGGAUUGGGCUGCCUUGGUGCUCUGGCAGAGUUGGACAUGUCACACAACCGGCUGCGUCAACUGGAUGAUGGGGUCCUAGCUGCCCUGGGAAGUCUGCGCUCGCUGCGGCUGCGCCAUAACCGGCUGGACCGGCUGGCGCCAGCUGCUCUCACAGGCUUGGGCCAGCUGCAGCUGCUGGACCUUUCGCACAACCAGCUCAGUGGAGGGCUGCCCCCAGGCCUGCUUGGUGGUACAGAUCUGCGGGAGCUCUACUUGCAGAACAACACACUCAGCCUUCUAUCACCUCGUACUUUCUCUGGCUUGGAGCAGCUUGUCAUACUGAACUUGAGCCGCAAUCAUCUGUCCAGUGAUGGCAUCACGCAUGACACAUUUGCAGACCUCAUUCGCCUUGUUAUUCUGGACCUUAGCCGCAACCAGCUAAGGCAAGUGAACGGAAGCACAUUCCAGUCCCAGUAUAGCCUUCAAAUUUUGCAUCUGGAGCAUAACUUGAUUGAGAAUGUCGAUGACAAUGCUUUCUCCUCACUGUACAACCUUCACACACUUAUGUUGAGCGACAACAGGCUGAGCCAUCUUAGUGUUUUCACCCUCAAUGGCCUAUAUGUGCUUAUCAACUUGGCUCUGGACCACAAUCGAUUGGAAAACAUUCAUUUAGAUGGUUUUCGCAACUGCAGCAGCUUGCAAGACUUGCAGUUGUCAUCCAACAGAUUGUCAAACAUUCCUGACGCACUCCAAUACUUGCAUUACCUCAUUAGCCUUGACCUGUCAGACAACCGUAUUGCAAGUGUAUCUAAUGCCACCUUGUCUGGAAUGCCAAACCUGCACAUUUUACGUUUGGCUGGGAACCGUAUAGGCAACAUGACCAAAGGCACCUUUCAGUCUCUGCAUUCACUCCGAAGACUUGACUUGUCCAACAACCAGAUAGCUAGCCUGGAACAUGGCAUAUUUGAUGAUGCCUCAGCCCUUAAUGUGAUUUUACUUAAUGACAAUCUCCUUGAAGACAUCAAUGGGCUUUUUAUGAACUUGGCACACUUGAGACUGCUCAAUGUCUCGUGCAACAGUAUUGCAUGGUUUGACUAUGCUCUUGUGCCUCGCCAACUGAAGCACUUGGACAUUCACCAUAAUGCUAUUGAAGCUUUAGGCAACUACUACGAGUUGGAGGACAAGAUGCAUCUCAAGAUACUUGAUGCGUCUAGUAAUCACAUUCGUGAAAUAAAUGCCGGUUCCUUUCCAAAUCAAAUUGAAGUAAUCAACCUAAGCAACAACCGCAUCAGCAUUAUUCAUCCCUUUACAUUCAUGAUAAAGCAUAACUUGACCAAGGUAAACCUCACCCAGAAUCGUCUACAGAACCUGGAUAUCAAUGCAUUCCGCCUGAAACCUACGAAGUCAGCCUUGCCAGAGUUCUGGAUAGCUGAAAACAUUUACUUCUGUGAUUGCAGCAUGGAGUGGCUGCAGAGAAUCAACAGCCUGGAUGGUCAAUAUCCACAGGUGAUGGACCUAGCCAAAAUUGUUUGCCAGAUGCCAUUUGGCCGGCGCCGACCUCGCUUGUUACUCACCGAAGCCAAUUCGUCCGAUUUUCUCUGCAAGUACAAAAGCCACUGUUUUGCACUGUGCCACUGUUGCGAGUUUGAUGCCUGCGAUUGUGAGAUGGUCUGUCCUGAAAACUGCACCUGUUACUCAGACCAGACAUGGAACAGCAACAUAGUAGACUGCAGCUUCACUGCCCACAGCACCGUUCCUGCGCGCAUACCAAUGGAUGUGACUGAACUGUAUUUAGAUGGAAAUGACAUGACGCACCUGUCAAGCCACAGUUUCAUCGGCCGCAAGAACCUACGGGCCCUGUACCUCAACAACAGCAACAUCCAGAGCCUCCACAACCGCACCUUCAAUGGUCUCGUGGGCUUGCAGGCGCUACACCUCGACCACAACAAGAUCACCACGCUGCAAGGCUACGAGUUCGAGAACCUGACCAGCCUGCGCGAGCUGCAUCUUUCGCACAAUCGACUCUCGAGCCUCAGCAACCGGACGUUCGCGGCGCUGCGGUUGCUCGAGGUGUUGCGGCUGGACAACAAUUACCUGCUCGAGUUCCCGGUGUGGCAACUGCGGGCCAAUGCGUUGCUGCGCCACGUGCAGCUGGGUCACAACCCGUGGUCUUGCGGCUGCGCCUUCCUGAGCCGUUUCCAGACAUGGGCCCGCGGCAGCCCGCUGCGGGACGCGGCCUCGGUGCGUUGCGGCCGGCGAGGCCCCUUCCUGCUCGAGUUCGACGCCUCGUCGUGCGGCGGCGCCAACGGCACGGGCUGGGCCGAGGCGCCGGCGGCUGACGCGCAACCGUCGCACCCGCUACCGCCAGGCCUGGUGCCGCUGCUGAUUGCGGCGCCCUCGGCUGUGGUCCUUCUCCUGUUGGGUGCCGUCCUCGCGGCCUGCUACCGGCGCCAGCUGAAGCUGUGGCUGCACAGCCGCUGUGGCCUGCGUCUCUUCGACCGUGCCUCCGAGUCGCCCGAGCGCCUAUUCGACGCCUUCGUUGCGUACUGCCCCAAGGACGAGCCGUUCGUGUCCCAGGUCCUGGCCACCGAGCUGGAAAGCUGUAGCGGCAGCGGCAAGCGACGCCCGCUGCGCCUCUGCCUGCGUCACCGCGACCUGGCCGUGCCGGGCUGCGUCGCGGAGGCGGCCGUCGUCGAGGCGGUGCAGUGCAGCCACCGGACAGUCGUGGUCGUUUCGGAACAGUUCCUGCGUAGCGAGUGGUGCCGCUUCGAGCUGAAGGCGGCGCAGGCGAGCAGCGCGCGCAGGCUCAUCGCCGUCCUCCUGGACGACGGCGACCAGGACCAGUGGGACGUCGAGGCGCGCCAGUGCCUUCGAACCGCGCUCAUUCUGCGCUGGGGCGAGCGCAGGUUUUGGCAGAAGCUGCGCUACGCGCUGCCGGACCCACAGAGGGGUCCCCUCCAGCGCGGCGGCCCCCCCGAGCCGGCGGUGCGCGCCAACGCCGUCAAGCUGGUCUGAACUGAUGGGCGCGCGGUGUAGUCUUCUCUUUGCCUUAGGGUCGAUUUCUACGUUCCUAAAGUCUCCAAACCACUGUUUCAGUGC